AUGGAAGCUGAAGUGAAUGCAAUUCAACACGACGCCAACACGAUGGAGGAAACUAUUCAUUUUCUCUCAAAGAAUACGAACUUUCAAGAUGAGAUCAUUAAGAUGAAAGACGAUAAAUUGAAAUGUUGCCAAUAUGAAUUGGCUGCUCAGAAAAAGAAGGAAAAUCAGUUGAUUGACGAAAAACUUCAGUUGAGUCACAGUAUGGAUAUUUCUGCUUCUCAAAACACAGCUCUCAGAGAAGAACUUCUCGUUCUCGGCCAGAACGACAUCACAAACAGGAAGACUGCACGAGAUCUUCACAAAUUGAUGUCUGAAACGCUUCGAACCUUAAAUGUAUCUUGUAACGGUAUCAAUGUUUUUAAUCAAAUGUAA